AUGCGUAUAUUUAAGGGCUUUAUUUUCGCCAUUUUUCUUCUGAUUGGAAUCAGGUGUUCUCCGGUAGAUGGUCCGAGAUCACUGACGCGAGAUAAUUUAGAAUCUCAGGAGAUUCGGGAACUCGUUAAAUCCGCUCUGAGAUCUUCAAGUCCAUGUUUCGAGUUGGUCAAUAUUAAGAGUGGUACGGUGCAUAUUGAAAAUGGAAUUAAAUAUCAAUUCCAGUUGUUGACUGCUCCAAAACCCUCUUGCAAUGCAACCUACUAUGGAAAUCACAUUUCAAAUCUCACAGUUCACCUUCCAGCAAGUCGGUUCGCUAGGCCUGUCUUUGCAAUUGGUUGA